GUAACGUUCAAUUGGCGAAAGUGACUAUAUAAGUGGUAUCAAGCGCGGCUAAUGGAUCAGUAUUCAAUUGUGUUUGCCCGCGUCGAAUAUGGAGCUGACUCUCGCCCUCGUCCUGCUGCUCGGCUGUGCAUCCGUAUCCGUCCAGGGACACGCCUCCGAACUACUCUCGGGCAUCGAGAGGUGCGGGAUUAUGGACGAGCAGUGCCUUGUGAACGGGUUCAACAAUGUGCUGAAGAACUACGCCCAGAGCGGCAUCAAGGAGCUGGGUCUGAUCCCACUGGAUCCCCUGCACAUGAAGAAGUUCAAGAUUGGCCGCAAUCCGCACAGCCCGGUCAACAUUGACCUCAGCUUCCGCGACGUGGAUCUGCUGGGUCUCCAUAGGGGCGUGGCAAAGCGAGCCAGUGGCUUCACAAGUGAUCUCGGCCGAACCAUUGAACUGGUCAUGGACGUGCCCGAAAUCGUUUUCAAAGGACCAUACGCAGUCGACGGCAGGGUACUCAUCCUGCCCAUUACAGGAAAAGGCAAAGCCGACAUUAAACUGACUGAAACAAAUGUCCAUGCCUUUAUAAAAUUGAAGCGAGUGCCCAAGGGUGAGCACCAGACCUUUGCCGAGGUGGUGGACAUCAAGGUUGAGGUGACACCUCAGCAUGUCUCCUACCAACUGGAGAACCUCUUCAAUGGCCAGAAGGAUCUCAGCGACAACAUGCACGCCCUCAUCAACGAGAACUGGCAGGACAUCUUCAACGAGCUGAAGCCGGGCAUCGGCGAGGCCUUCGGACUGAUAGCCAAGACGGUGCUGGACAGGAUCUUCGGCAAACUGUCGCUCGAACAGCUCUUUGUGGUCUGAACCCCUUAGUACAAAGCUUUUUUGCACUUUAGUUAGUUGAAGCAGAUAGGUGAAUAUUUAUUUGACUUUCAAAAUACAAAUGGAAAGCAAACAAUUCACUGGUAAGUUCCUCUUAAAAGUAAAAGUAGAUGCAAAAUAAAUUCAGGCACUUUAGGAGUUUCUUCUCCAUAGAUUACAAAUUAAAUAAAGUGUUAUGAAAAAGGAA